CAAAAUUGGGUAGAGUUCUUCCAUCUUUCGCUUCUUACGCGAUUAAUGAUUCUCAAAUUAAUGGACCAUGUUUUGGUGAUGGUGAUUUAUGGAUGACUGAUCAAUUUAAUACAUUAGGAUCUUGUUCAUGUAAUAAAGAAUCUUAUGAACAAAGUGUGGGUGAUAUGUUUCAUAGAGAGUCUUGGGAUUCUUGGAAUGGAAAGAAUGGUACUUUUGCGGUAGAAGAUUAUGAAGUAUUUCAG